CUGGUGUUGAAAAGAGUGGAAACAGAACCCAUUGUGGUGUUGGAGAGGAGUGAGUCGCUGUCUGAGAGAAGAAGAAAAGAGGCAAUUCUGUGACCACAAAGGGACCCGUGAUAAGCGGACAGAUAUGGACCUUUAUGCACAACACAGACGCUGUUGUCAUUUGUGAAGAGGAACCGCGUCGUCCACUCGGAAAGAUCCGGUAUAUGAAGAGUUAAGACUCGACAGCACCAACUGUUUAUUUCAGCAGCUAGCUGGCUAGCUGGCUAGAAACAUAGGAGCUAGAAAAUGAGAAGCCCGUGUGAGUUUGCUUGAUGGAGAUGUUCGUCGAUGGUCGGCGGUGAUUUAAAGUAUCCUUCGCCCGCUUCUUAAGUAGCCGCAACUUUAAAGAAUGAUAUGAAGUGAGCGAUAAGCGUUACACUACUACAGACCCGGAGAGGAAAAAAAGUCAUACAGGCCUGCUGGCUCGAGGUUGCACACACAUACCAAGAGGGGAGAACAUGACUCAUUGGCCUCUGCCAGAGACUGGCACGGGGCAGCUGUGCCAACCUCGCCCCUGCCUGCCGGUUUAGAAGCUACCCCGGUACAUCAUGACGGAGAGGCAUUGAGGUUAGCUCCCUGACGAUCGUCUCAAUACCUCUCCUCCUCCCUAUCCCUCAAGAACCCCCGUCCCCAUCAUGCUGCGCUUCCUGCCUCUCAAACUCGGCCGCCUGUACCGCUGUCUGAAGCUCCUAUUGGUUGUGGGGUUGUUUGUCAUCUUGUUGAUGAACACCCACAGCCUGUUUGCCUCCUUCCAGAAGAAUGAGCUCACUGACAGACGUUUCAUCAACCUCAAUAAGUGUCCCGCCUGCUUUGGCACCAGCUGGUGCCGCAAGUUCAUGAACGGCCAGGUUUCCUUUGAAACCUGGGGUCGCCUACGAUUUCUAGACGUUUUCAAUGUCAAGAAUGUUUACUUUGCUCAGUACGGUGAGCCCAGGGAGGGCACCCGCCGCGUGGUGCUGAAACGGCUCGGCUCCAAUCAGGAGCUGGCUGAGAUAGACCAGAAAAUCUGCAAGAGGGCCACAGGCCGGCCGCGCUGUGACCUCAUCCAGGCAAUGUACAAGACUGAAUUCGCCCGGAUCAACGGCGAUGUUCGUCUGCUCACUCCAGAGGUGGUGGAGGGCUGGUCAGACCUGGUGCACUGCCCCUCUCAGAGGCUGCUGGACCGUGUGGUCCGCAGGUAUGCUGAAACCAAAGACUCAGGCAGCUUCCUGCUGAAGAACCUUAAAGACACGGAGAGAAUGCAGCUGCUCAUGACCUUGGCAUUCAACCCGGAACCGCUCGUACUACAGAGCUUCCCGUCAGACGAAGGGUGGCCAUUCGCCAAGUACCUGGGAGCGUGUGGGCGCAUGGUAGCUGUCAACUACGUGGGCGAGGAGCUGUGGAGCUUCUAUAACGCACCCUGGGAAAAGAGGGUAGACUUGGCGCGCCAGCUCAUGGACAUUGCCGAGCAGCUCACCAACAACGACUUCGAGUUUGCCCUCUACCUGCUCGAUGUCAGCUUCGAUAACUUUGCGGUCGGCCCACGCGACGGAAAGGUCAUCGUCGUUGACGCAGAGAAUGUUCUCGUGGCAGACAAAAGGCUGAUCAAGCAGAACAAGCCGGAAAGCUUCGACGUGUGGUACGAGAGCCGCUUUGAGGAGUGCGACAGGGAGGCCUGCCUGUCUUUCUCUAAGGACUCCCUCUGCAACAGGGUCACAGUGGACCACAACUACUAUGCCGUGUGCCAGAACCUGCUGUCGCGUUACGCUACGUGGCGGGGCACCACUGGAGGCCUCCUCCAUGAUCCCCCCGCCCACAUAGCCAAAGAUGGACAACUCGAGACCCUAUUGGACGAGUGCACCAGACCUAAAAAGCGCUACGGCCGCUUCCAGGCGGCCAAGGAACUGCGUGAAUACCUCACACAGCUAGCUGCCGCUUCCUCCUCUGCCACGGCCAGGUAAUGAAUGGAGUCUGCGUUAGCCUGACGCACUGAGAGACUGGAUCCCGUGCUCUUGAUCUCCGAACUCUUGAGAUCCUGGUUCUUGUACAUGAUGUCAUUCGCUCCCCUUUGAGCAGGACGCUGUUAGAGGUCUUGCAUCAGGAAGUGUAAGAAUCGAAACUUCAAAGCAGAUUUGUUGAAGCUUUAGCUUUUACCUGACUUUGCUCCUGUGUUGAAGAGGAGUGUGGCGCUCAGAGAUUCUGGUUGGGACCAGGAUAAAGAGGUAACCUCUCCUCUCACAGGGUGGGCUGCCAUCCUUCGGGGAGGGAGGUGCAGGAACGCAUCCGUCACUGGACCCAGGCUACCGCAAACCGGAGCAUCCUAGCAACAAGAGCAGCGACAUCGCACAGCCCUGACCACAUCCAUCCUCCUGUUCACUCCUCAAUACAUCACAACUGUUGUGUUUUGUAACAUUGAAUCCAAACACCUGUUUUAUUUUGCACCCAGGAUCUCUUGUUGUUUUUUGUUUUAUUCAGGGCUGAAUUUAAGUACAUUGGUGAGUUUACAUUUUUUGCUGUGCCAUGACUUUUUUUUUUUUUUUUCCUCUGUAGCAUGGCUGCAGGGGAGGCGGAGGUAGCAUGAAUCUCCCGCUGUCUGGCAGCAGGCGAGGCCAAGCUACAGCAGGUCGAGAGGAGAGGCGGGGGGGGGGGGGGGGAUUGGUGGGUUGUUUUUUUUCAUGCAGGAGGAAAAGAAAACCCUUGACGGCUAUAUAAGUCUAAUUUCCUGCUACUCCAAUCAAUCACUUGAUUUCCAGGUUCCAGUUGGCAAUCAUCUUUUUUUUGAGUGUUUUCCCCCCCCCCCCCUUUUCAAUAGAAAACGGAGAGUGAGACAGCUGCACAUAGGAAAAGGAAGGGAAUAAUUGGACAGUGGUGGUCCCUUGAUGCAGAUGUGCCUAUACCAAAGAGGCUAUAUGUAAUAUUAAGAACCCCGAACAGUACACAGUGACGGCACCUUUCCCUCCAGUUGUUCCCCAAUAGAGCUGUCCACAGCAACAGCAAUGUGUGCACAAUCCUUUAUGAGCUGGCAGGCCUGCAUACUGAUGUAUCCUUCUCAACAACAACCUCAUCCAGAGGUAUGAGAAUCAAGUAUUGGGCAUACUUAAUGUCACAUGACCUCCCCCCUGCUUUGUUAACCUCCCAUACGAUUGAUAAACGAUGAUCAGAUGGGCCUCGGCAUGCUUUUUGUCAACAGCGUUAAAAACAUCUCGACUUAAUGAAAGGAGGAGAUGAAAUGAUUCUUCAGAGGACCAGAGAAACACAAUAAAACAGCGCAGUAGUGGCCUCCAGUGCUAAAUUCUCUUUUGAAUGUCUGUAAUUGAUAAAUGAAUCCUACUGUCAAACGUCUCCCACUAGCGCAGUAACCUCCAUCAAGUAGAUGUUAAAAAAAAAAAAAAGGGGAAUGAGAAUAUCCCAAAUUACUUCUUUGCUCCAGAAACGGCGUCUGACCUGCACUUUUACAUUUUUGCAGCCCAGAAAUUUCCGUUGAAUAUUUAAACACUCGGCACCACUUAGACGUUGGGUUGAUUUUUACACCCGGUGGACCGACGAAUUAAAGCGUAAUCACAAAUACAGGCUCAUUUGGUAAUGGAUUAUAAGAGAUCUUAACAACAACUGGAAAAAAAAAAUAUAUAGAUAUAUAUAUAUAUAUAUAUAUAUAUAUAUAAAGAAAAAGAAAAAAAAAACUCUUUGGCUCGGUAUGUUUUCGUAUUUCAUCCGUCUUGAUGUUGUGAAUCAGGCGCUGAAUGCCCAGUGGAUCUUUUGUGUAGCUAGGUCAACAGACAGCCCAAUAAUCAAGUCAAUACGAGUCUCGUGCAAGUCCCGGGGCGCUGACGUGAACCUGUCGGUGAGGUAAAGCAAUAAAGAGAAGUUUUGCUAAUGGAUUUCUGGUUUUGUCCCCUGUCCCCCCCCCCCCCCCCCCCUUUUUUUUUUUUUUUAGUUGUGUCAGAUAUAUUUCUGUUUCCCCUGUAUGGAGGAUGUUGAACCUGGAGGGAUUUGUACGUGCGUAACUAACUGUCCACUUUUGUACUGUAAUUUCUUUUUGAGUAUUCUAUCAGCAUUGUCUGAUUGUUCCUGUGCCUUUCAUUCAAAAGUUGUAUUUACAACUUUUAGUGGGUUUAAAUAUUAAAAAUAAAUGAAGAUAUAUAUAUAUAUAGAUAUAUACACUUA